AGGUUGGAGGCUACCCAGACGGAACAUAAGAUGUUGUUCCUCCAACCUGAGUGUGGCUUCAUCUUUACAGUAGAGGAGGCUGUGGAUAGACAUAUCAGAAUGGGAAUGGGACAUGCAAUUAAAAUGUGUGGCCACUGGGAGAUCCUGCUUUCUAUGGCAGACGGAGCGUAAGUGUUCAGUGAAACGAUCUCGCAGUCUGCCUCAGGUCUGGCCAAUAUAUAGAAGGCCACAUCAGAAGCACCGGACGGCGUAUAUCACCCCAGCCGACUCAUGUGAAGUGUCGCCUCACCUGGAAGGACUGUCUGGGGCCCUGAAUGGUAGUGAGGGAGAAGUGUAAGGGCAUGUGUAGCACUUGUUCCGCUUACAGGAACAAUAAGAAUAAAAAGUCUCAGAUCAGACAGAAAUCACAGAAACAAGUUUGUAUACCAGCUUUGGAAUAUUUUGAUAAAAAAUACGGGCAUGACCAUGGAAAGUUGUGGGACAAAGUCAGAGAAGUGCUGCUGCUUCCCUCCGGCUGGCAGUAUGGCGUACUGGUGAACAAGUUCAGCCACUGUAUAGCAUUGGAACAACGUCUUCGAUCACAGGGAUAUUGGAAUUUUGUAGGAGAUGCGUUACCAUUUUCCCAGCAUUCAUUACGAUGUUACAUCAGCAGGACCCAGAACCGGUUCCCAAGACUAUUACAUCAUGCUGAAAGGUUAAAGGAAUAUUACUUACUGAAUGCAGCCUCUUUACUGCCUGUCCUUGCAUUAGGUGUCCAAGAUGGAGAGUGUGUGUUAGAUAUGUGUGCUGCUCCUGGAGGAAAAUCUGUGGCAAUAUUGCAGUCUGCCACUCCACGUCACUUUCUUUGCAAUGAGCAGGACAAUUUGCGUCAGAAGUGGCUGAAGCAAACCCUUGAGUCUUUCGUACCUGAUGCCAUAAGGGGGGUAAUAUCUGUGACGAACCUGGAUGGAAGAGUCAUUGGCCCACAACAGCCACAAAUAUUUAACAAGGUGCUGGUGGAUGCACCAUGUUCAAAUGACAGAAGUUGGUUGUUCUCUUCUGACAGUCUUAAAGCUCGCCAAAGGAUUGCACACACGCCGAAUCUACCUGUUUUACAGAAGCAGUUACUGAGGUCAGCUCUUGAGGCGUUGUGUCCUGGAGGGACAAUGGUUUAUUCUACGUGUACACUAUCUCGAGCAGAAAAUGAUGAUGUUGUGGCCUCUCUCCUGAAUUCUUGUGACAACGUUCAGACUGUGGAUUUAACAGACUUGGCAUGUUCCCUUGUUCAUAGCUUUACAUUUGCUGAAGGUGUACAGCAUGGACUGUUAGUUGUGCCUGAAAAGGAUAAAACUUGGGGCCCAAUGUAUGUCAGCAAAUUAUGGAAGACACAUUGACUUGAAAUCGAGGUAUGAGCUCAAAAGAUGGAUAUGCGUGAUGAUAAUAUAAUAGGCUGAGCUAAUUUAAGACUUUUGUUAACUUGCAGAAAUUUUAAAAAUUGCCUCAAAUAAUUGUAUACAUUAAUAAAAUUAAAUUUUUCAGAUGUGAAUGAUUUACAGAAUUAAUAAUUUUUUGUAAUUAUUUAACAAGAAAAGAUUGUUAACUUAUGAUAAAUUACAGAAUAUGGUACUAUUUUACUAUUUUGUAAAAUAUGUUGUUUUGUGCCUGAAGUAGUUCUGGUGUUAUUUUGCUGAAAAUCAUGAUAGAAAUUGUGUGGAAUACCAGAAUUGUCAUUUACAGUUAAUGAGAUUCCAGGUAAUGCAAAGAUCAGUAAUUUCCUGAAGCCUAAUACAGGUUUCCCCCGCCAUCCGAAGGUAGAGCGUUCUUAUGAAACAGUUCGUAAGCAGGAACGUCGUAAAGUGAAAAAGCAAUUGCCAUUUAUUUAUAUGGGAAAAAUUUGUGACCGUUCGCAGACCCAAAAAAUAACCUACCAAAUCAUGCCAAAUAACACAUAAAACCUAAAAUAACAGUAACAUAUACUAAAAGCAGGAAUGAUAUGAUAAAUGUACAGCCUAUAUAAAGGAGAAAUACUUUUCUACAAUCAUUGCCGCACUGUCCACCUUAGCGAAAAUCUCAUGCAAGCGCUCUAGGCAGAAACGGCUGCUCACAGGCACGUGUUUAAGCAAUGCUGGCUGGAAUGUAGUUCCAGGUGAGGAGCUUGGCUGCUCGGGGUGCACUACCUUUUUUCGUAUCAGUGAAAACACCUUCUGUUAGCGAAAACAGGUAGCUAAUGUAGGUCUUUCGAAACAGCGAGGUUUCGUAAAGUGAACAUUCAAAAAGUGGAGGACACUUGUAUUCUGCAUCCCAUGGUGCUUGAAGGAGUAGCCCUAAAAAUUGUGGGUAUUUUCCAACUUUUUUUGAACUUUGGAGUCAUUCCAUCGGAUUGGAGAAAAAGCUGACAUUACCCUAAUAUUUAAAAAGUAGAGAGGAGCAUGGAUAUCUUGUUUCAUUUAUAUAGGGCUUUGUUAAGGAAGUACCUUGAGUAUUGAGGCAACACACAUCAAAGUUGCUGGUGAAUGCAGCAGGCCAGGCAGCAUCUCUAGGAAGAGGUACAGUUGACAUUUCAGGCCGAAACCCUUCGUCAGGACUAACUGAAGAAAGAGCUA